GGAGGUUCCAUCUGACAACUUACUGAUGUGGGUGUGAAUUUCAAUCAUUCAAGAUGAUGAAAUUCAAGGUCACCGGCCUUGUGGCCGACCUUAUGCCCAACAUUCGGCUCAUUCAAGCAUCCGGGCAUUUUAUGCUGAAUUAUCAUGCCGAUAAUUCAGGUGCCUUGCAUACCUUAAGGUUGGGCUAUUGUUGCAUGCACUUGGUGUUCGUUCUAGUGCAAUAUGGUUGCAAUUUUGUUAAUUUGGUAUUGGAACGAGGAGAUGUCAAUGAUUUGGCUGCAAACACCAUCACGGUUCUAUUUUUCACUCAUUGUGUCACAAAAUUUGUAUAUUUUGCAGUCAGAUCUAAACUUUUUUACCGAACUUUAGGGAUUUGGAACCAACCAAACAGUCAUCCAUUAUUUGUGGAGUCAAAUAAUCGGUACCAUGCAAUUUCUUUGAAGAAAAUGCGACGCCUACUAUAUAUCAUAAUCGUGUGGACGUCUUUUAGUGCUAUUGCUUGGACUUCAAUCACGUUCGUGGGUGACAGCGUCCACCACAUCAAAGACCCAGAAAACGAAAAUUUGACCAUCACAGAACCCAUUCCACGACUGCUGGUCAAGGCUUGGUACCCAUGGGACGCCAUGAGUGGCAUGCCCUACUACUUAACCCUCGUGUUCCAAAUUUACUACGUCUUUUUCUCACUAUGCCACGCAAAUCUCCUCGACAGUCUCUUCUGUUCUUGGUUGAUUUUCGCUUGUGAACAAUUGCAACACUUGAAAGAAAUCAUGAAACCCUUGAUGGAACUCUCCGCAACGCUUGACACUUACGUCCCGAAGAGUGCCGACCUUUUCCGAGCACCGAGCGCCACCUCUCAAGACAAUCUCAUCGAAAAUGAUUACAAUGAGAAAAACGACGACCUUAAAGGGGUCUAUAGCACUCGGCAGGAACUCGGCGGCCAUUUUCGGGGCGGGGCUUUGCAGAAUUUCGGUAGUGGGGGUGUGGGACCAAAUGGUUUGACGAAAAAACAAGAACUGAUGGUCAGGUCGGCGAUUAAAUACUGGGUAGAAAGGCACAAACACGUCGUCAGGUUGGUGACGGCUAUUGGUGAUGCUUAUGGUGUGGCACUACUGCUCCACAUGUUGACUUCUACGAUUAUGUUGACACUUUUGGCGUAUCAGGCCACCAAAAUAACAGGGGUGGACAAAUACGCCGCUACUGUUCUAGGAUAUCUUCUUUUUGCUUUAGCUCAAGUGUUUCAUUUUUGUAUUUUCGGAAAUCGUCUCAUUGAAGAAAGUUCUUCAGUGAUGGAGGCGGCCUACAGCUGUCAUUGGUAUGAUGGAUCAGAGGAGGCCAAGACUUUCGUCCAAAUCGUCUGUCAACAAUGUCAAAAAGCAAUGUCUAUUUCCGGUGCUAAAUUCUUCACAAUUUCGUUAGAUUUGUUCGCUUCGGUACUGGGUGCUGUCGUAACCUACUUCAUGGUGUUGGUACAAUUGAAAUGAAGGGUAAUUCGUUGCGUACGGUUGGUAGUUCCUUAAUUUCUGCACGUGACGUUUUAAAAAUUGUGAUAAUUAGACGGCACCGAUUUUUCAAGUUACACUAAGCAUUCAUAAGUGUCUUAUUUCAAGAUGGCGAGUACCUGAACAAAUGGCGGUGACAAGGGGAAAUACAAUAACGCUCUAGAUUUAGUUACUUCUAUUUUAACUAAAUAAAGUUUACCCAAGUA